CUCGUACAAAAGAGGAGAGGAUAGAGAGGAGAGGGUUGAGCCGCCAUAAGCGCCGCCGCUGCUGCAGCUGCAAAUGCAGCGUGGAGACUUAACUGCUACCUAGGCAUCGCUGAGGUUCGUGUCGCUACUCCUUGGCCCUUCGCUCUAGCUGCCUUACCCUUGCCAGCGCAGCCGCUAUUUCGUGCCUGCGAACUCUGCUCCCUCCCCGCCACACACCAGGUCCGCAGAUCAUGGAUUCAGGCAGCUGCAGCAGCAGCAGCUGCGUCUCUGCGCCUGACUGCUGGGAGCAGGUGGACUUGGAAGCCUCAGGUUCGGCCCCGAGCGGGGACAGAUUCUCCUCCGUGGUAGCCGAGACCUCUCGUGAGCAUCUUAGCUCGUCCUUCAGCCGGCAGCUCAACAUCAACGCCAAACGCUUCCUGCCUAAUGUCCAUGCCGCGGAGUUCGUGCCGUCUUUCCUGCGGGGCCCGGCCCAGCGGUUGAUCCCCCCAGCCAGCACUGCCAGCAACCAGGAAACCUGCACCAGCUCGGGAAAUCCUCAAGGUAAAAGGCUGGGACGGGGGGCACCUGUGGAACCUUCCAAAGAGGAACAGUUAGUGGUGUGUGAAGGUUCCAAUUCAGCUGUUACCAUGGAACUUUCGGAACCUGUUGUAGAAAAUGGAGAGAUAAAAAUUGCCGUAAAAGAAUCAUGGGAGCACAGUAAAGAAGUAAGUGAAGCAGAGCCUGGGGGUAGUUCCUUGGGAGAUGCAGGGCACCCAGAAGAAAGUGUCCAGGAAAUGAUGGAGGACAAAGAGGAAAUAAGAAAACCUAAAUCUGUGGUCAUACCCUCAGGUGCUCCUAAAAAAGAACAUGUAAAUGUGGUAUUCAUUGGGCAUGUAGACGCUGGCAAGUCAACCAUUGGAGGACAAAUAAUGUUUUUGACUGGAAUGGUUGAUAAAAGGACACUUGAGAAAUACGAAAGAGAAGCUAAAGAAAAAAACAGAGAAACAUGGUAUUUGUCCUGGGCCUUAGACACGAAUCAGGAAGAAAGAGACAAGGGUAAAACUGUAGAAGUGGGCCGUGCCUAUUUUGAAACAGAAAAGAAACAUUUCACAAUUUUAGAUGCUCCUGGCCACAAGAGUUUUGUCCCAAAUAUGAUUGGUGGUGCUUCUCAAGCUGAUUUAGCUGUACUGGUAAUCUCUGCCAGGAAAGGAGAGUUUGAAACUGGAUUUGAAAAAGGUGGACAGACAAGGGAACAUGCGAUGUUGGCAAAAACAGCAGGAGUAAAACAUUUAAUAGUGCUUAUCAAUAAGAUGGAUGAUUCCACAGUAAAUUGGAGCAUCGAGAGAUAUGAAGAAUGUAAAGAAAAACUGGUACCCUUUUUGAAAAAAGUCGGCUUCAGUCCCAAAAAGGACAUUCACUUUAUGCCCUGCUCAGGACUGACUGGAGCAAAUCUUAAAGAGCAAUCAGAUCUCUGCCCUUGGUACACUGGAUUGCCAUUUAUUCCAUAUUUGGAUAAUUUGCCAAACUUCAACAGAUCAAUUGAUGGACCAAUUAGGCUGCCAAUUGUGGAUAAGUACAAGGAUAUGGGCACUGUGGUCCUGGGAAAGCUGGAAUCAGGAUCCAUUUUUAAAGGCCAGCAGCUUGUGAUGAUGCCAAACAAGCACAAUGUGGAAGUUCUUGGAAUACUUUCUGAUGAUGCUGAAACUGAUUCUGUAAUCCCAGGUGAAAACCUCAAAAUCAGGCUGAAAGGAAUUGAAGAAGAAGAGAUUCUUCCAGGAUUCAUACUUUGUGAUCCAAAUAAUCUUUGCCAUUCUGGACGUACAUUUGAUGUUCAGAUAGUGAUUAUUGAGCACAAAUCCAUCAUCUGCCCAGGUUAUAAUGCGGUGCUGCACAUUCAUACUUGUAUCGAGGAAGUUCAGAUAACAGCCUUAAUCUCCUUGGUAGACAAAAAAUCAGGAGAAAAAAGUAAGACACGGCCCCGGUUCGUGAAGCAAGAUCAAGUAUGCAUUGCCCGUUUAAGGACAGCAGGAACUAUCUGCCUUGAGACAUUUAAAGAUUUUCCUCAGAUGGGUCGUUUUACCUUAAGAGAUGAGGGCAAGACCAUUGCAAUUGGAAAAGUUCUGAAACUGGUUCCAGAAAAGGACUAAGCAUUUUUCUUGAUGAUCCUACACAAUACUGUGAAAAUUGACUGCAAAAGUUCACCAACUUCUUUUAUUUACUACCCAUUGACAGACUUUUACCCGUAUUUUGCAAAGAGAAAUUGUACAGCAAAAAUCCAUGUUUUGUCAGCUUCUUAUGUUGAGAUCUCAGUUAUGUCACUGUUGAAUUUACCCUCACAUUUCCUCCUCCUACUCUAUUUGGCUUCCUUGGACAGAAUCAAUAAUAGCUUUGUAAGUGAUGUGGAAGUAAUUGCCCAUAAUAAUGAAAAAUUAAUAUAUAUAUUUUUAAUUUUCCCUUAGGAUAUUUAGACAACUUGUUCCACUCAGACCAAUUAGAGGGUGUCAGUGUGUGUGUACAUGUUAAAAAAGACAACUAACAUGUUAAUAAAAUAUUCCAGUUGAAACUUCAGUAGUUUAAAGGUUCUUGAAUAUUUUUAAAAAAUUGUAUGUAAUACUAUUUAAUUAGCUUUUUUGCUUUCUCAAGUAAUUGAAUACAUUUUAUUACUUGAACUUUUUAAAACUGUCCUUUACCCACUAUUUUAAAAGAGGCAUUUACAAACAAUGCACAAAUUUGUAUUAAAGGAAAAUUUUUAAUUUUGAAAAAAUGUGUUUUAGGGCUCUUACCAAUGAACUUUGUUUUCUGUGCCCUAGUCCAGUCAAUUCAGGAGCUAUUUUACUUACCUUCUCAUGAUUUAAAAAAGACAGACUCAGACCAUCUUAUCUGUAUUCAAUUUGAUAACAGUGUUGAACAUGGCCAAAUUAAAAGUAUACCUGGGGAUUCAGACCAUAGGUUGACUAGACUUAUCUGUACUCUGUUAUCUUAGCACAUCCCUUGGUCCUGUUCACCAUGAGACUUGGGAUGUGAGACACAACACAAAUAAGGGGCAUGACUAGUGCUUACAGUAGGGCUGUAGGUCACUUAAUGAAAAGCAAGGGUUAGUGAGGGUCCUGAGCUGAGAAAUGAGACCAUUCCACCCUCCAAACCUUAAAUGCUUGGAGUUGAUAGGAAAGAUGGGCAUUUUUAUAAUCAGAUCACAACCCAUUCUUGGUGUCAGAGACACUGGAAAUGUCUCUGAACAACUUCCUGAGAAAAUGUCAGUUGUGAAUUCUGAAGUGGCUGCUUUUAUUGCUGGGAGAACAACCUCAUAACAUGCAUAACUGUCAACAGCUGCAAGAACUUUGUUUUGAUAAGUGUGUAGUGGCCCCGUGGUGAGCAGAAACAGUAUCUCCUAGGCAUACUUGUAUAUUUGGAGUAAGAGGUUUGCUUUGUUGGAAAACCACACAUUCAUAGGCUGGUUGAACGGUUGUGGUGGCUACUUCAGGGCAUCCUGGGCUAUGCUGAGGCAAAGACAGCAUCCCCUUCUUGGUUCCUUUUUGUGUACCCAUUUACCUCCAGGAUGUCUGAUCUGUCAGAGAUGUUCCACUGUGAAUUAUCAUAGAGCCUCAGGGCAUUGACAUUGGAAAUGAGGAUUUUUAUUCUGUCAUAUACCAGCUAACUUAGUCUACAGGGAUGUGCCUCUUAUAGUCUUUUAUAAGAAGGUGCAUGUACUGGGGAAAUUAAUAUUGUUUGUGGACGGCAUCAAUUUGGAGUAGUGGAGAACAAUGGCAGACGUUAAGAAGUAUAAAGGAGGGUACCCAGGAAAUUGGAAAGAAAUGUUACUAUGAGUUUAUGCUUACUUUCCAAGAGAGAUAGAAACUGGUGUCUCCCACCACCUGGAUGAUCUGCUUCUUGCUGAAAUGCAAAUAAUUGGUUUCUAAAAUCUACCUCUUACUAUUAGGUUUUUUAUACAAGUCAGAGUUCCUGUUGGAGAAAUUACUACACAACUGGAUAAUGAGAAAGAUAUUUAGGAGCCAGUUUCUGAUGGUAAAUUACUCAAAUUGGGUGGAGACAAAAAAUUCCGUUCUGGCUUGUGGUUUUGACCUAUCAGUGGAGAAUAUCCACUUCUAUUGGUAAAUUACUAAAAUUACAAAAGAGAUUAAUUCAAUUUUAAAGACAGUUAAAAUAUUUUUAAAAAGUGGCUGCAGCCAGGGCAAAACUUUUAAUAAGUACUUGAUUGGGUCUAUAUUUUGUACAGAGUAGAGAGGCAAGAGAAGGAACUCUAAAAUAAAAAUGAAACUCUUGCCACUGACAUUCUAAUUAUUGAGUAAUUUACCAUCAGAAACUGGCUCCUAAAUAUCUUUCUCAUUAUCCAGUUGUGUAGUAAUUUCUCCACCAGGAACUCUGACUUGUAUAAAAAACCUAAUAGUAAGAGGUAGAUUUUAGAAACCAAUUAUUUGCAUUUCAGCAAGAAGCAGAUCAUCCAGGUGGUGGGAGACACCAGUCUCUAUCUCUUUUGGAAAGUAAGCAUAAACUCAUAGUAACAUUUCUUUCUAAUUUCCUGGGUACCCUCCUUUAUACUUCUUAAUGUCUGCCAUUGUUCUCCACUACUCCACAAACAAUAUUAAUUUCCCCAGUGCAUGCACCUUCUUAUAAAGCCAUAUUCAAGGGAGUGUCCUUUCAAAGAUCCCCUGUUGCCUCCAGUUCAGACCAGUUUGUCCUCAAGGCUUCAUCCCAAUUUCUAGCAGCCAAGACAAUGUAGAAUAUUCCCAAGUCUGGCUGCAUGCUGUAAGUACAUUAUGAAUUUCCUGCUUCAGUCUUUCUCAGUAAGUGUCUAUCCAUUGGCUCUUGGCAACCUUUCUCCCAAGGUUGAUUCUUUGGUUCAUCUGGUCAUUACUGGAUGAAUUGGAGAUUUAGGUAAAGGGGUCGACUCCUUCUGUACUUCAACAAAGGCCCAAGGAGGAAAGGAAAGGGAAAGGGAAAGUUUGGGCUAGGUAGAAGUUAGCAGACCUCCACACUGCUCACCUUGAGCAUCUUUCUCUGGUACUCAGGAAAAAUUACUAGGGCUAACAAUUUUGCUAACGUCUCUGUUCUUGUCCUCAAAAGACAAAUACUAGGGUUUUUUUUUUCUCUCAAAAUAGACAUCUUCACACAAUAUAAUGGUCCUGGGUCUCUACAAUGCAAGAACUUGCUCUUUUCAUGAUUUACUUAUGAACAGUUGCAUCUCUAAUUUUAUAGUAUUUAACUCACUAGUUAACAUGAACUGUUCAGUAUCACAAAGAUGAUUAGUUACCAUUUUGUGGCCAUUAAAAAAGAAACUAUUCAAGGACCACAGAAUUUCUCCCAAAACCUGAGCAUAUGAACAUGUUCACAUUGAUUAAGUACUUUUUAAAUAUUCAGUAGGGCUCUAUAUUUUCUGUUGAGACCAUUGGCAUAUUUCCAGUUUUCCUAGUUUUCAGUUACAGGAUCUACUCUCAUAGUUGGCCACUGGGGGUAAGGAGAAUUUGAUCCAAGGCCUCUCCCCAGGGACACCACUCAUUAUGUUCAUGGAGUGGGGAAAGUAGACUUACCUUAGAAAUUGGGAGAGGCUUUUUGAAAUGUGGUAGGGUAUAAAUGAAUAGGUGAAUUAAAAUGUAUUAAUAAAUUUUUAAAUAUCCAAAGGGUAAUGACAAGGUGCACCAAUCUCAUCCGUGUUACUCAUUACAUGCUAAACCCAAAGAACUUUUUAGCCUGAAAGGGGAGACAAGGCAAAAGCAUACACUUAAGGAGAGACUAUAGAGUGUUUGGAGGGCAGGAGAUACAUCUAAAGAGGCCCUAACUUGAAGAAUGGUGAUUCAAGACAGAUGGGAGGUGGCUUCACAAGAUCCUGGUAGUAAGUAAAAUGCUGUAGUGACCAAAAGUUAACAUAAUUCAAAAACUGAUUUCUCCAUGUAGGAAAUGAGAAGCAAGUUUUGCUCUGGGCCACCCUUGGGGCCCCAACUCUGCUAGCAUCUCCCACCAACAGAUCUGUGACCAGAUACAAAAUAUAUUCAUUCCCUUUGUGACAUGGAAUAUACCUGGCAUGACGCUGGUCCUCUUCCCCGUUCUGCUUACGUUUCCUGUGGUGGUCUUGGUAAUUCUCUAAGGUGGCUAAGACCCACAGCAAAGGGACCGUUAAUGCCCCAUGGGAACUGCCAUUCACAACCCUGAGUAAGCCACCUUACCCCUCCUCUCUAAACCUCUGAUUCCUCAGGCAUAACAUGAAGAUAAUGACAGUUACUUUCUCUGUAGGACUGUUGUGAGGAGUGAACAAGCUAGCAGGUAUGAAAAGUGCCUGGAUACAGUGUCUUUCUCAAUCCUUGUGAGUACUUUCUUCAGCUCAUAUUCGAGCCUUACCCCUUGACUGUAGUAUUGACUCUAGGAACUUUGCUUCUCCAUUUCCACUUUAUUUCUUGAUUACGGACCCAACAACCUUUCCCACCAAUGUCUGAUGCUAAGAAAAACUGAUUUUGUUCAAGGAAGCAAUAUGUCCAGUCUCAGGAGGGAAUUCAGGAUUUCUCCAAUCUGAUCACAGUUAUCACAUUCCCCUGUGCCAGAUGAUGGUGUUUUCUGCCUCCUCUACAUCUAGGAAAGGCAGAUGACCCCCGAUUCUGCUCAAUGAGGUGUACAGGGAGGGUGUUGAGGGCUUCUCUGGAAGAUGCUGUUUCUUAAUAAAAAGAACAGAUGUGAGAGAAGAGGAUGGUGGUAAUUGGAAUGUGAUCGUGACUCCUGUAGCUAUCACAACCAUGUUGUGACAAGCAUGAGAUCAUAGAAUCGACCUGCUGAAAAUGGUUGAGUGGGGAGAUGGAAGUGUUGGUAUCCUUGUGACAUUUUGAGCAGCGAAAGCAGUGCAAGCCUACUUCCAGAGAUGUUAUUAUCAUGAGGGAAAAAAAAGUAAGGCCAUCCCUAUUUGUUUAUACCAGUGGUGUUAAACUUUAACUACAUGUUCUACUUAACCAGAGGUAGCUUUUAGAAAAAUACUAAUGCCCUUGCCCUAUAUCCUGGAAUUUUGAUAUCAUUAGCCUAUGUUGUGGCUUUGGACAUUUUUUUUUACUUUCAGUUAUAAAUAGUGCCAAAGAGAUAAAUGACAACAUAUAAUAUUUAAAAGAACCAGCAUGUAGAUCUCAACCAACUUCAACAAUUAUGAAUUCUUGAUCAAUCUUAUUUUACCUACACCCCCAUUCACUUUCAAUCUUAUUUAAUCUGUACCCCCAUUCUCUUUUCUCCACCCACAGGUUAUUUUCAAGUAAAUCCUAAAUAUCAUAUUACUUAAUAGAAUAUUAUUUCAAUAUGUACUUCUAAAAGAUGUAGACACUUUAAAAUAUAAGCACAAUAACAUUAUAACAUAUAAAAAUUCAUUAUAAUUCUUAAAUAUCUUCAAAUAUUCAUUCCUAGUUUAAAUUUCUGAUUGUUUCAUAAAUAUUUAUUUUUUGAAAUUUCAUUUUCAACUCAGAAUUCCAUCUACUCUCAGGCAUUUGUUGAUAUGCCUAUUAAGCCUCUUUCAUUCUAUAGGUUGCCCCUACUUCUCUGCUUUUUUUUCUUAUAGUUUAUUUGUUGAAUAAAUUGGGUCCUUAUUCUAUAUAGUUUCAUAUAGUCCGGAUUUUGUUGACUUUUUCCCUUUGUCAUUGUUUAACGUGUUCCUGUCUCCUAUCUUUCGUGUAAAAUGGUUGUUAGAAAUAGAAGCUUCAUCAGAUUCAAGUUUGCUUUUUUUUCUUUAUUUUUUUCAGUAAGAAUACUCCACAGGUAGUGUUUCUUAUGUACUUCUAUCAGGAGACAGACAAUGUCUGGUUGUCUUUUUUUCUGUGUGAUGUUACCAAAUGUUGAUGAUUAUUGACUAGAUCUGCUUUUUCAGUACAGGUAAAACUGUGAAAUGGAGAUACUCUACCUAUUCUUCUUCAUUUAUUAGCUUGGACUACUUCUCUGAAGAGAAAUUUCUCCUCAUUAACUACUUGGUAACACAGUAGAUAGUUCAUAUGCAAAUGGAGAAAACGUAUUUGUUAUCUGUUUUCAAAAUAACGAAUUUAAUCCUUAGCACUUUUAAGUGAUCAUGAUAAAUAAUAAUCAUUAUGAACACAAUUUUUAAACACGUUUGAUGUGUUUAAAUACAUUUAAUUAUUAUCCUUAUUGAUGUUCAAACUGUCCCACUUUUAGGCAUUUGUGUUUCUUCAGGUUGGAUCUUGAAUCUGUUUGACAAAACUCUAGUCGUCUUUGAUAGCUUCCUUGUUUUCUGGUACAUCAAGGUGUUCAUGACUCAGCUUACAUAUUUCCAAAAACCAGCUAAUUCAUCAUGGAAUCCUAAUUUUUUUUUCUUUAUUGGAAAAUGCCUUUUAGAGAGUAAAGUCAUUAAUAUUAGGUUCAUCAUGUUUUUUAUUGUGUGAAAUAUUUACAUACUACCAAAGUAAAACCUAAACAACAUAUUUUGGCAAAGUCUAAAUUGUCUUCUUGUCUCUUACAUUCUGUACCUUCCCUCUCCCAUAGGUACAUUUAGUUUGUUGUUUAUAAUUCUAUACAUGUAUUCAAUCUCACCAUCUUUGAUAAAUGACCAAGUACUAUGUAGUUUUCCCCAUCUUGAUUUUUUCACAUACCAAUAUAUCCUAGAGAAUGUUCCAACCAAGUUGCUAUGGAUUGAAUUGCGUCUCCCAAAAUUGUGCGUCAACGUGGCUAGGUACUAUUGUGUGAUUAUCCACCAUUUUGUCAUUUGAUGUGAUUUUCCCAAGAGUUGUAAAUCCUAUCUCUAUGAUGUUAAUGAGGCAGGAUUAGAGGCAGUUGUGUUAAUGAGGCAUGACUCAAGCUACAGGAUUAGGUUGUAUUUUGAGUCAGUCUCUUCUGAGAUACAUAAGAGAGAAGCAAGCAGACAGACAGGAACCUCAUACCACAAAAGUAGUGCCGGGAGCAGAAUGUGUCCUUUGGACCUGGGGUCCCUGCACAGAGAAGCUCCUAGAUCAGGAGAAGACUGAUGACAAGGACCUUCCUCUAGAGCCAGAGAGAAAGCCUUCCCCUGGAGCUGGCACCCUGAAUUUGGAUUUCUAUCCUACUACACUGUGAGACAAUAAAUUUCUGUUUGUUAAAGCCAUCUACUUGUGAUAUUUGUGUUAUAGCAGCAUUAGGUAACUAAGACACAAGUAUAUAGAAAUAAACAUCCCUUUUCAUAUCUGC